AUGUCUAAAGAAGAUAAUCAGGAAAUAAAUCUUAAAAACUUGGACCUUAAUCGUACUUAUACAUUCGAAGAGUUCGAGUUAAUUAAUGAACAGCUUAAGAAAAAUCCCAUUGAAGUUGACGGGGAACCCGUGGACCUUUUCGAAUUCAUAGACAAUAAACUUGUACCAAUGCCACAGCGUGCUUUUAAGAUGGGAGCUGUUGUUUCAGAAAUUGCAGCACAACUCGGACAAUGGAAUGUCCGAACUCGUAAAAAUGGUAUUAUAACAUCUUCUCAAGGCGGUGAACCUUUUUCACCGAUUUUUGUUGUAGAAGUCGAAAACAUUGCCAAACAAUCAAAUUUCAAUAAAUUGGAUUCUAAAUUCAAAGAUAUUUACUUUGCGAAAGAAUCAGCUGUCCAACUUGGAAACAUUAAUGGUGAUGAAAUUUUGCCUAAAUUUACAUUGAAGAUUCAGUUUAUUGAACAAGUUAUCGAAGGCGCAGAAUCUUCAGAAUCGGAAUCUACAGAAGAACAAGAAUUAAAUAUUAAAUGCCCUAAAUGUGAUGAA